AUGCAGGGUCGCCACAAGCGGAAUUGCCAAAGGAGACUGAAUUCCGGAGCAGCAGUACAACGCAGUCUUUCGGACGCAGAAGAUGAGCAGGAACGGUCGGAAAUUUUAGAGCAUUGUCUGGAUUUGGAGCAGGAAUUUGGCGUUCAGCCAGCUGUUUCGGAGUAUGUUGAAGAGGCGAGCGAGGCAAAGUCUAGGCUCGCCGCCAUGUUAUACGAUUCUGCGGCGACUUUUGAGCGGAUGCGCGCUGUUGGUCCACAGAUGUUGCAAGAUGAAGCGCAGCCGCCUCCACCGAAGCUUCCUCGGCUUAAUGAGUCAUCGCCGUCGACAUCGCAUUCAGAAGCGUCGUUUAGAGCAUUUUGGCAACGCGGGAGUGGCGCAGCAGUGGGCGGUGUGGUCAGCGCCUUAGACCCAGAUGCCUGGACGCCGGAGGAUCCAACCGUAGGGGUUGGGGGAGGCGCGCAACAAUCGCAAACCGCGAAGCUGGAAGAACUGCUAGGGAUUCAAUGGGGGGUGUCGACAUCUCCAGUAGGACCGUCCGCAGUUUAUGAGUUAAACGCAGACGUUGGUCAGGCUAGUGCAGUGCGCCCAAUUCAGACGACACCAACGCAACAGGUUGGCCACCAUACGGGACCAUUUUAUGUUACGGUCAAGCUCUUGGGCACGUCACCGGCAGCUCAAGCUGUGCCGGCAACUAGUAGUGGAGGCGGGGAACCCUGUGAGGCUACGGACAUUAGUCUGCAUCCGUUUGUACGGUUGCCAGCUGUGAAUCCAAAGGAUGUCCGCCGAAGCUUCCAUGCGGAGCGUGCAUUGGCGCCCUACUUUGGUAGGUCCAGUCCAAUGGAUUCAUACGUGAGAAUGCGUAGUUUGUUUGCGAAGGCUUCGCUGACGCCUGAAGAAGCGGAAGCCCUCAUGCUUGAAGCCGAAAAACUGUCAAGCUAUGCAAUAGACAAACUGACAAGGGAGGUGGAGCAAGAACAAAAGUGCUGGGCAAGCUUGUCAAUCGACUGA